AUGGGAGUGGAGUCGUCCGCCAUGAGGAGGAGGAGGGGAGGGGGUGACGACACCGGCUUGAGGGCGGGUGCGGUCAAAGAGGACGACACCACUUGGAGGGGUGGUGCGGUCACGUUACGCUCGCCCGCGGGUGCGCGUCCGUCAGCGGAUGCGCCUCGUCGCCCGUGGGUGCGCGUCCGUCCGCGGAUGCGCCUCGUCGCCCGCGGGUGCGCGUCCGUCCGCGGAUGCGCCUCGUCGCCCGCGGGUGCGCGUCCGUCCGCGGAUGCGCCUCGUCGCCCGCGGGUGCGCGUCCGUCCGCGGAUGCGCCUCGUCGCCCGCAGGUGCGCGUCCGUCCGCAGAUGCGCCUCGUCGCCCGCGGGUGAGCGUCCGUCCGCGAAUGCGCCUCGUCGCCCGCGGGUGAGCGUCCGUCCGCGGAUGCGCCUCGUCGCCCGCGGGUGCGCGUCCGUCCGCGGAUGCGCCUCGUCGCCCGCGGGUGCGCGUCCGUCGGCGGAAGUCGCCGCGGUGGUCGCGUCCGCCUUCGGCGGCGGAAUCCGCCGCGGUGGUCGCGUCCGCCCUCGUCGGCGGAAUCCGCCGCGGUGGUCGCGUCCGCCCUCGUCGGCGGAAUCCGCCGCGGUGGUCGCGUCCGCCCUCGUCGGCGGAAGUCGCCGCGGUGGUCGCGUCCGCCCUCGUCGGCGAAAUCCGCCGCGGUGGUCGCGUCCGCCCUCGUCGGCGGAAUCCGCCGCGGUGGUCGCGUCCGCCCUCGUCGGCGGAAUCCGCCGCGGUGGUCGCGUCCGGCCUCGUCGGCGGAAUCCGCCGCGGUGGUCGCGUCCGCCCUCGUCGGCGGAAUCCGCCGCGGUGGUCGCGUCCGCCCUCGUCGGCGGAAUCCGCCGCGGUGGUCGCGUCCGCCCUCGUCGGCGGAAUCCGCCGCGGUGGUCGCGUCCGCCCUCGUCGGCGGAAUCCGCCGCGGUGGUCGCGUCCGCCCUCGUCGGCGGGAUGCGCCGCGGCGGUCGCGUCCGCCCUCGUUGGCGGGAUGCGCCGCGGUGA